AUGUAUUUCGCAGUCGCUGCAGUAUUACUGGCGGGAGGUGCUGCCGCAGUGCCUACCUCUCGCAGCAUUCAGGCUCGGUAUGCUGUCAAGGAGACCCACCCAGUACCUCGAGGAUGGAGCCUUGCAGCACCAGCAGCCAAGGACCAUAUGAUCCACCUUCAGGUUGGACUGAAACAGAGCAACCAAGAUGUUCUCGACAAGCAUGCCAUUGAGGUCUCGGAUCCAACGCAUGCCCGCUAUGGGCAGCAUCUCACUGCUCAAGAGGUUCAGGACUUGAUUGCCCCAUCAGACGAGACGAUUCGACUUGUCCAGGACUGGCUGUCGGAGCACGAUCUGAGCGCCACGCUGAGCCCAGCAAAAGAUUGGAUUCGCGUCAGUCUGCCAGUAGAUCGCGCUGAGAAGCUUUUGGACACCAAGUACUCCAUCUUUCGUCACACCGAUGGUUCCGCAUUGAUCCGUGCUCCAGAGUGGUCCUUGCCUGAGCACCUCCACGAGCAUAUCGACGUCGUUCAGCCGACCACCUCUUUCUUCCGUGCCUCCAAGCAGAGCUCAGAUAUCGCGCCUGCAGACCACUUUGGACCUGGAAGCCAAAGCUUCCAGCCAGCGUGGUGGCAGAAGCACCACCCGCAGCCCGCUCAUUGGCCACCAGGUGGUCCUCCCGGUGGCCCCCCAGGUGGCUAUCCUGGCGGCCCUGGCAACCCUGGCAAUGUGCCGGCACCUAACAUCAGCGCCAUCUGCAACAUCACUUUCACGACACUCGACUGCCUCCGUACACUCUACGGCACAAUAAACUACGUCCCACAAGUCCCAGAGAAAAACGCGAUUGGUGUGACCAACUACCUCGGCGAGACACAGAACCGAUCCGAUAUCAAGUUGUUCCUGGACAAUUUCCGUCCCGAGGCCGCAGGUGUUGCGUACGAAUUCCCAAUUAUCUCAGUGAACAACGGUCCGGAUAACCAGGCACCAUUGAAUGCAUCUCGGCUCGGUGCAGUCGAAGUCGAGGGGGCUCUAGACGGCGACGUCGUGCUCGGAUUCGUCUGGCCGACUAAGUUUCAGUCGUGGGUCACCGGUGGUAUGCCGCCUUUCAAUGCAGAUUUGAAUACACCAACGGACACGAACGAGCCCUACCUCGACUGGCUCAGCUAUGUGUUGCCUCGCAACGAUAACCCACAAGUCAUCAGCACUUCCUACGGUGACGAUGAGCAGACUGUGCCAUACUCCUACGCCGUUCGUGCUUGUGACGGCUUCAAGCAGCUUGGCGCCCAAGGUAUCAGCGUCUUUUUCUCCAGCGGCGACGCCGGCGUUGGCGGUAAUGGCACCUGCGUCUCGAACAAGGAUAACACAACUGCGAUGUUCAUUCCAAACUUCCCAACCAGCUGUCCAUGGAUUACUUCGGUCGGUGGCACGGCAGGCUUCCAGCCCGAGGUCGCAGUGUCUCGUUUCGGGAGUGGUGCCGGUUUCUCGAACUACUUCGGUCAGCCAUCAUACCAGACUGGUGCCGUCGAGGGAUACCUUAGCAAGAUCGGCGACCUUUACGCUGGGCUCUACAAUCGCACUGGUCGUGCUUAUCCUGAUGUCGCUGCGCAAGGCAACCACGACGUGAUCGCCUACAAUGGCGCGCUGAGGACAGUUGGUGGCACCAGCGCUUCUUCCCCAACCUUCGCCGCCGUGAUCUCUCUUGUGAAUGACGCCUUGAUCGCCAAGGGGAAGUCGCCGCUCGGGUUCCUCAAUCCCUGGCUCUACAGCAGUGGGUACAAGGCACUCACCGACAUCACGUCGGGUUCGUCCAUCGGCUGCAACAGCAGUGGUUUCCCUGCCGAGGUCGGCUGGGAUGCCGUCACCGGCUUUGGUACACCUGUGAGUAUUCUGCGGUCUGAAAACUUCGGCAAGCUCGUUGCUUCUGCUCUUGCGAGUAAACAGUAG